AUGGCCAGGCCGACUCCCAUGAUCAGCCCCAAUAGCUAUGCAAAUAGUAGCGAGUUUCUCGCAAGGUUCGGACUGCUGGAGGAGUUCCUGAAGUUCAAGGUCCACACCUUCUACAACACCGACCUCAACGUGGUGGACCUCUGCCCGAACUGCGAGAAGGGCUUCUCCGACCCGAUCGACCAGUGGUACUACUUCUUCCCCGCCGACCUGGAAUACUUCAUCCGAGUCAUCCCCGACCGGGAACAAUACCGCCAGGCCCAGAUUGCCUCCGGGGCCAUCUCGCCAGACGACCGGUCGGGCUUGUACACGCGCUUGCUUUUCCACACAACGCCUUACGUGCCGGACCCCCAUCCGAAGCCCUGGCCGGGACCGCCGAUUCUGGCCAUCUUGCGUGCCAUGGGGAUCCUGGCUUCUCCUCGAAUCCGGGUCGUUCCGAAAGAGACCGUCAAACAGCUGGAGACCCUUCGAGACCUCUACUUCUAUGACGACGAGGACCUGCCAACGGUGGCUCCCCCUCUAUCAUUCGAGAUGCUCUGCAAGGGCCAGGGGAACUGGUCGGGUCCCCCGACAGACUCGGAAGAUUCGGACACAGAAGAGACCCUUCCCAGCUGA